CCCCAGGAUCCUCCCCGCUAUGUGGUGUGCCAAUGUGUGAAGUGUUAAGAAAAAUUUCAUGCAGUAGAUGCGAAAAUUUGCAAAUAUGGAAUUCCGUGUACUAUUGUGGUUACUGUGCAUCGCGUAUGCAUUCGCAACAGUCACGAGUGACGCAACGACAGAGAAUGCGGAAUUGGAAGUUACUAAGGACAGCGACAGCAGCGCCACCGAGUUAAAUAAGACAGAUGAAAAUGGAACUAAUCAUAAUAAUUCGGAUAAUAAACCACGUGAUAAAAGGACCCUGGGUAUGAUCCUUACAGGACUUGCAGGAAUCCUUGGCUACACAGUCUCGCCAAUACAAGCGGCGUCGUUACCAAAUCCAACGCUUCCGCCAACGUCGUCACUACCAGCCAUACCCAUUCCAGUAUUCCCAGUUGGAAUUCCCGCCGCGCCAGCGCCACCGCCGCAACCGCCAGCGCCACCUAAGGAGAGAGAAAACAUACGUCUUACUGGUGUUGUCAAUUUUGGUAACAAUGGCGACCUCCUGGGACACUUGCAGCAAUACGAGCAGAUCUUCCAUGGUGCAGCUGCAGCAUCAUCACCAGCCAAGCCAAGACCUAAACCACCUAUAGGACCACCUAUACUCGCUGACAUUCCUUCACCGAUCGCUCCGAAUCUGCCGGCUCCUUAUCCGCCUGCACCUGCCCCAAGACCUACCAAGCCGUUACCUAUGAGAACGGAGUACGAAGUGGAGUACAGGAAUAAUCAGAACAUAGAGAAUUAUAAAAUUGAGAACAAGGAACUUAAGGAUGAGACUGAACUGACUACGCCUAGUAGUAAAUAUACUCAUGAUAUUUAUAUACAGGAACCUAACUGGAAAAAAAAUUAUGACGACCGAUUGGCACAACUGGAAAGACAGCAGGAAGAGUAUGCUGAGAGACUGACGCAGCAUGAAGCUCAGUCUAAGCCUAAGGAAGAAGAGGAAGAGAUAGUGGAACGUUAUCCUAACAGGGAGAAAGAAAUUGCUGACAGAGAUCGUGAGUACGCGGCUAAGUUAAGGGAACAGGAAGAAUCAAAACAUGAAUCUGAUCAUAGAGAUUACGAAAACGAUCGUGAGGAACCACGUGAGAAAAAUGAGAACUAUUCUCAAGGGAAACAGUAUGAGGAUUAUUCAGAGGAGCCGCCACGUUAUAGGGAUUAUGAUAACGAUUCUAGAAAUAAGUACAAGGAAUAUACGGACUAUGAGGAAGCACCGGAUAAAAGCUCUAAUCAGGAUCAUGAAGAGAAAUUACCGAUUAUUAGGAACGACGAGGAUUAUAAACCGGAAGUGCCGAUGAAUAGUUAUGGGGAGAGUUUGGAGAGGCAAGGAGAGAUCGAUGAAAAUAUUGCUGAUUAUUUUAGUAAAUUUAAAAAUCCACAUACUGGAAUGUAUGAUACUGAUAGGAUUCAAACUGCGGGAGGAGAGGGUGAAGGGUCAAGGUGGGAGCAAAGCUUGAAGGAUCAGGAUAGAAUUCGACAGGAGUAUUCUUCACCUGCUCCUGAGUCCAGGUACGAGGAGUAUGAUCUGGAGGAUGAGGAGCCUAGAAAAGAAAGUAUCAAGGAAUCUGAAAACGUCGAGAACCUUGAUGAUGAUGUUGGUACCACCCGAGAAACUUAUGUGGAACAAAAGACACCAGAUUAUUCUGAGGCCUUUGGGAGGUAUGAGCCUUAUUCGAAAAAUCUGGAACCGGAAGAGGGUGACCAUGUGCUCACAUCUCAAAGUGAAAGCGGAAGUCCUCAAGAAUCCUAUAGGAAAGAUGAUUCUAGUGAGGAAUCUCGGAACGAUGAACAAAGUGAAGAGCCAAAACGAAAACCACCUCCGGAACGUUACGAAUUUAAUUUUAAAAAUUAUAAUCCUUAUUUUGCACCAAUACAAUAUAUUUAUAGUAAGGACGAGCUGGAGGAUACCACUGCCAAAAUUUUGUCGUCCUAUAAAAAUUCGGAGGCGUCCAAGGACGAGGAACAAGGCUCUGAUGAAGAGGAGAGUAGGAAGCAUAUCCACGAGGAAGAAUUGAGGCCCAAGAUUGGUCUACCUGAGAAAUUGGCCUUGAAGAAUCUUCACGAAGGCGAAGCUAAGGAGAUCAACGCCUGGCCAGCGCCUUUUGAUUAUGUUUUCGAUAGUACGGAACAGACAAUUGUAGCUCAGGCUAAGAACAGUGAGCAAGCACCUAAGUCGAUACCAAAUCAAGAACCAACUUAUCAGACGCCAUACGAACGGCCCAUAAAUCAUGGACCCAAGUCCGAAGAUUACAAAGAUCAACCGGAAGCUGAUGAUCGUGAAGAUUAUAAAAAUUAUAACCAGGUCCCAUCAGCUGAUGAUGUUGACGACGUCAGUCCUCGUCAAGGUUACGUAUUGAAAUCUACAUCCUCGACUCCAUUUUAUCCCAAUGGUGGAUACUUGGAGUCCUUUCGUGCCGAUGAUGGUCCAGCCGAUCACCAAGAACCUCCCGCAGCAUCCAGUGGUCCAGCACCUAAAAAUGAGGAAUCGCAAAGGAAUCGAGAAUCCCAUGAUGGUCCCGCUAGUUUUCUGGACAGGUAUAGAUAUGGAUUCGGAGAUGAAUCAUCUCGAGAAGAACCACCUAAAUUCGAAUUGCAGGGUCACCAACCAGCUGAACAGGAACAGGGCUUCCAGUCAGCAUCCCAGCCACAAAAAGUCCCAAUUCAACAUUCACACGCGUCAAGUGUUCCUGAGCAAGUGGAAUCCAAGGAGCAGCGUCAUCGGGAUGGACCCCAGUAUGAACAUUAUUACACGAAGUCAGUGCCACAAAUUAAUGGGAGAAGAUUCGACGAGAAUUCCGAGGGGUAUCAAACAGAAAAAACGGCGGAAAACUCAAAAUCAGAGUACAAACGGAAGACUCCAAAGAAAUUUGAUGAUCCCCAGAGCGCGCAUGACUUUUUUGAAUUCAGCAAAGAGGAUUAUAAUAUUGAAAAGGAAAAUUCACCCCUUUCAAGUUCUUCCGGUGUGGAGAGUACCACGGCUUCUGUAUCUGAUGAGGAAUUGAGAUUAUUGACAAUUCCUGAACCAGCGCCUUAUGACUAUGAUGCCAAAUUGACCGAAUUCACGGAUGGUCCUGAAACCGAUACAGAAAAGGUUAAGGUCAAAGAAUAUAGGAAUAAAGUAGCGACCUUAAAGGUUUCAGAAUUGAAACAGCUCGGUCCAAAUGGUCCAGUGCAUCUUAUAGGCUACACUCAUAAUUUCUAAUAAGUGACUUUCUUAGUUAAUGAAGAAAUUGAAUGUAGCGUCAUAGAAGGAGAUGCUAAUUUCUGUAAAGAAAUAAAUUAUAAGGCGGCAAUUAUUCUGGCGUCAAUGGGAAUUCAAAUACAAAAUGUAAAAACAGCACUUGUUAGCUUGAGAUAAUCAAUUACGAAUUAAUUUAAAUGAAUUUAUUUAAUUGUUAUUUAAUUUAUUGUAAGUGCUUGACAUUUUCCAUUGUUUGUUAGGUCAAACAAUAAAAUUGUUAUUACCUGUAAAAAUGAGCGCACUGUUAUUUUAUUGAGGUUCACCGCAUACCAAAUGUUAAUGAAUAAGUGAACGUAAGCAAAACUGAUUGUUACCUGUAGUAAAUAAUGUAAUAAUAAUAAAUAUUCUUGCGAAAAAAAUACGACUUUCUAAUUAUUUGUUUCACUUGAAUUUCCCAAUCAUUUGCCAUUCCGACGAGUAUAUGCACUAUUGCGCACUGUG